AUGGUCAAGAAGAUCCAGGAGUCAAAGGAAAAGAAGGCGCUCAAGGCUGCAUCCGGGACAAGAAAGGACAAGAAGAAGUGGGGCGACGGAAGGAAGAAGGAGGAGGUCCGCAGGGCCGUGACGGUCUCCGAGGAGCUCCUGGCAAAGGUGCGCAAGGACGUCGGCAGGGCGAGUGUUGUCACGCGGUACAUGAUCGGCAGCAGGUACAAUCUGAAUCUCGGGGUUGCAGAGAAUGUGCUGCGGCACCUGAGCAACGAGGGCGUGGUUCAGCAGGUGCUUGGGAACCGGCGGAUGACGAUAUAUGCAGGGUGCAGAGCCCAAGAGCAAUAA